CAGUCCAGAACCAGCUGUUGUGCCCGAACACUUUCGUCGUUUGAUAAGAUCGCAAAAUGGUCUAGCCAGCAAGAAAAUAAUCACAGCAACACAUACCGCAAGUUUCUAUAAACGGUCACCGUCCGGAGGCCAUUCGUGAGUGAAAACCAUCAUCACUAGAGUACGGAAACUUUGCGUAAAACGCUGAUAAGCCGCAAGCACCGGGGUCAAUUCGUCCACGCGCUAAUCGGAUCCGUUCAUCGACAAACAAUCCAGAAGCGACUCGAGAAGCCCGGCGGGUCAAACACUGCCAUUCUUCACAGCGGUGCGCCAGUGCGCUUCCCGGGUUUGUUCCGUUCGGUUCGGUAGAGUAAAAUCUGUCUUUUCGGCAAGAUGGUGUUAUGUCACUUUCGUGCGACAGUGCAGUUAGCCAAAUUUGUUGCCUCGACCGCACCGGUAAAUGCGUUCAAGUGCCGUCUCUUUAGUGCCAGCAGUGUGGCAUUGAAAGAUCGUCUGUUCACGGAUAAGCAUGAAUGGGUGUCAGUGGAGGGAGAGGUGGGCACGGUUGGCAUUUCGAACUUUGCACAGGAAGCACUAGGUGAUGUGGUGUUCGCACAGUUGCCCGAUCCCGGAACUAAAUUAUCACAGAAGGAUGAGUGCGGUGCACUGGAGAGCGUAAAGGCGGCCAGCGAAAUCUACUCGCCUGUGUCUGGUGAGGUGACAGCCAAAAACGGAGCUGUUGAGGAGACGCCUGGUCUGGUGAACUCAUCUUGUUAUGAAAAUGGUUGGCUGUUCAAGCUGAAGCUUACAAAGCCGGACGAGCUGGACAAACUGAUGAAUGAAGAACAGUAUGCUGAAUUUUUGAAAACAGCUGCCCACUAACAAACAGCAAGUUUAGCUCGAGCGCUUCCGGUUCGCCAGCUCCGUUGCCGCCUAUUGUUACCUACUGUUAAGUCCUACCGUAAUGCCAAUGAAUAGCGAGUGUUUGAUUUGGAGAAUAAAUGAAACAGCCCGUGUGAAUAUAA